GGCAGGCCUGUGGAAGCGCUCGCUGUGCGUCCUCACGCCGCUGCCUCGCACACUUCAGGCUGAGUGCGUGAGCGAAGACGCCCACGUUUUCUCGGCGAGGUAUAUCCACAUUAGUCCAAGGAGCAAUACUGCCUUUGUACGGCUGAAACGCACACGUACGGGAAAAAGUAAAAAAAAAAACACCUGCGAUUCAAUUUUUCAGUAGGCGCAUCGCAUCCGUCUCUGUUGCCAGCGGCCUACACACAUUUAGCUUAAAGAAGACAGCAAGACCUACACGUUUUCUCGUUGUGUUGUUUUACAGUCUCUGUUCCCCGUAGAUACAUUUACACGCACACACCGCCUCAUAGAUAGAUAGAUCCCUGAAUAUCUGAUUUCUCCUGCCCGUUCUUUUAAUGCUUCUUGUACUUGUACGAAAAAGAAAAUAAAAACGUGAGUGCUAGAAAUGCUGCCUUUUCCAGAAGUCAGCAGCGCACGCGCGUCUGCGUCUCUCUUUGCCACCUCCGCUUCCUGCUCUGUUGACGCGCUGGAGUGCGUGGUGCACUUCACUGGCGCCGGCGCUGACGCAUGCUUUUACGCCAACCACCCCAUCACCACCACCACUACCACCGCUACGCCCCCUCCAGAAGGCUUGCGGUAUUGGUUGAAUCCGUCGGUGCGGGCACGGCCCACCAUUGCCACGUGCGAAAUCACCAACUUAGGCGCUCCCUUUUUUUCUCCCAUUUCCACCGCGACGUUGCGCCUCUCCACCUCGCCGCUGCUAACGGACCGGCGUUGCUUUCCGGUGCGUUGUGUCGUGAGCCUGGCAACGAGUGCGCAGCGACUGGACGGCGUCUCGGUGCGGCCCGUUGUGGUGAAGGAGUGGGACCUGAACGCCGCCUCAGAAGCGACGGUGCCGGCAAGCGUGUUCAACCCCGCACUACAGGCAUGCACGACGGAAAUACCGCUGCGGACGCUGUACCACGUCGCCGCGCUCAUGGGCAGCUCCACCGUGCCGGAUAUGAAUGCGCUGCGCCUGUACUUGCAGCUGCGCUUCUCUGGAUGCACAGACACCUCCGACACUCACCGCAUUGCCGCUGUUCAUCUCGCGUACGAACAUCUUGGUCCGGCAGCAGAGGUGCUCCCGUUGCUGCAGCGUCGCCGUAGGAACGCCUGUAUUCAGAAUGUAUCCGCCACUGCUGAUAAGAGCACUGGUGCAUUCUAUGAAAGCAACUUCGUGGAGGAAGUGGAGGUCUCCAUUCCCAGCAGCUCGAGCUCCGAAGUGCGGCAGGAGGACGCGGCCCCGCGCACGCCGCCGGGUCGGUCAGAGAAGCGCAUUUUCAUUCCAAAUAGUGAUGCGGCGAACGAGCUCGACUCCCCGCCGCGUCGAUCGGCCACGAAGCCUCGAGCAGAGAAGUCGUCAAGCUUGGAUCGCGGCGGGCCGCCUGCCCACCACGACUCGCACACGCACAUUAAAGUCGUCCAUGAAGUGGACGGAAAAGAGCAGCACCACGACAGCAGUGAAGCGGAGCUGGUGCGUGUGGAACGGACCCUGCGGCUCUCUCCCCCGCCCCCUCUCACUACGGCCUCAACAACACAACACUGCGCAGCGGACGAGGUCGUUGUGGACAACGCAUUGCAUGAUCUACACCCUCCCCUGCGAGGGGCACCCUGGCCACCGCGCAAGACACGAACCAUCGUCCUCGCCCCCAGUAUCUCGCCCAGUCUGUCCUCCACUUCAGGAUCCGGCUCCGACUCUGGUUCUGGAUCGCUUCUGUCUUCGCCUCGCUCUGGCGCAGGCUCCACGCCGCUGAGCCACUCCCCCGUGACGUGCGACGCAAAGCCAUUGACAGCUGAGGAGGCUGAGGCAAAGACGCUCUCACUGGUAACAGACCCGAACGCGAAAGGGUCGCACCUUGGGUCAAGUGCGCGUAAGUUGCGUACCCCGGAUGAACGACAAACACAAGCUGAAGGCCCGUCGUCUGCUGUUUCCUCAUCGAGUCCACCGCCACGACAACGUAGCGAGUCCGUUGACUUGAAGAACAGCGAGGAGCAAGCACCGCCUUAUCCGAAUGCUUACGGGCGAGAGAAUUUGUCUCCUUCGCGAAGCGCAUCAACAGUCCAAGAAUCUGGCAGCGCACGAACAAAUCUCGCUGUUCUGUGGGAGGCCACCUCUCUCCUAGGGACUGCACCGUGGAAGCUGCGCAGUUUGCAAAGCAGUCGAAGGACGAGUCUGGCGGAGUCGGCGGCCAGCAGCCGGGCCUCAUCACGCGAGCGCGCGAGCAGUGCACCGACACACGAAUCCUCUGCCGCCGUCGCAGCAGCCUCGGCAACUGCAGCGGCAUCAUCGGUCCAGAGUGGGGCAUCCGUGUCCUUUCUUCCCCUCUCCUCCUCCAGCUGCCCACCGACGGCGUGGAGGGAGACUCGUAGGACGCACACGAGUCUGCAAGAGCCACCACCACCACCACCCUCGCAAACCGCCUCGCAUCCCAGUUCGGAGGCUGGGUCGAACUUAAGGUUUCUCGGGUGGAGGCAAGCGGGAGAGCGGUCGGUCGUGACUGCCGUCGCAGACACAUCUGCCUCUUCGUCUUUCUUUCAGUGGCGUAGCGCCUCUGCACACGACGCAUCGUCACGUGUUCACCCGCAGCUGCACCCACCACGUAGUAACACCGGACAGACAUCGAGUUUUGUGUCUCAGAUUCCGCCAUCUCUGCCGACCGCCGCCUCCACUACGACGCUCUCUUUCACAAACUCGCCGUCCGCGUGCGUUCCACGCCUUUGCUUUCGAAGGUCGUCGCGGAGGGACGCUCCGGCGCCGCAAUCUUCUCGUACCACCACAGUCCGGGAAAGUGUGGCAGCGCGAACCGGCACAGCGCCGCCGCCGCCGCCUUCGCAAAACAGAGAUUUGUGGACGAGACCUGACCGGGAAACUGCGGCAACGGCCAACGCUCAGCACGUAAUGGCGGAGUGCGGGCAACCGAAUGGGCGACGAAGGCAGAGUGCGUCCUCUACGGCCGCCGCGUCGAAAAAUGCGUCCACUUCACAGGCGGCCCCGUCAGCCGCGUUCCCUGUGGCAGACGACAAAGAAGCCGUUAGUGGGCCGCUCUCCGUUAUCCACACGUCGUGGCUGCAGAACAUGAAAACUCAGUCAACGCAGUCCAAGCAACGCGAUCCCAUCAUGCGUAGAGCUUCAAUGCGUGCGAAGCAAAAUAUCUGGGGCGAACAUGCGGCUGCUGCUGCCGCCGCAAUGGAACUCACCAACCGGCAAGAAAGUGUUGCACUGACCUCCGCGUCUGCCGCCGACGCCCCUCUCACGGAGACGUCAGCAACGGUGGUCCCACCGCCACCGCCGCCGCCUCCGUCGCCACCGCCGCCGCAAAACCGCGUGCUCUUUCACAGCUCCACCUCUUCUCUCCAUUCCUCUCGGUCCAACUCUGCAGACGCAGACGCAGCGGCACGGUUGCCCUCACCGCCAUUAACGAUGACGACGCAGCGCAAUGACGCCGAGACGCCGGCAUUGCCCCUUCAGGAGCAGCAUCACCUACCUCGCCGAGCCUUACGUGACGCGUCGCAUCGCGUGCCACCGCCGCAACGCCGCAGCCGCAGCGCACCUGAUCCUCGUCCGGCUUGGUCCUCCUCAUCCUCAGCCCCUGAUGUCGCCCUGCUCAACAAACAGCGGACAGAGGAAGGCGGCACGCAGACGUUUGCAGUGCUGAAACAUCACGCCUCACGCAACGGUGUUGGACGGCGCCGCCUGACGAUCCGCCGUGUAACAUCGCGAGGUCAUUUUCAAACCUCCGCCGCCUCCGCAGCAGACCCAAGCGAUGCACGUUUCUUUAUUGCGUUAGAAAAGGUGCGUGGUGCGGCGCAGCUGCGCGACUCGAUCGGGCUUGGAAGAGGAAGGACUACGCGUGAUGGCAGCUUCAACCCCGUGUGCGAGGUCCCCAUUCUGCGCGGUGAUGUUGUCGAGGUAUGGACAGGCGGGCAGGCGUUUCAGAGCGGCGUCAUUCACAAAGAGAAGGUGCGUCGUGCAGAGUGCUGUCUCGUGAUUCGGUGCAAUCGGCAACUGGUGACGGCGGUGGAGAUGGAGACGGCGCAAGCGGUGGACGCGGUCGCGCGCUUGUUGAUGGCGACGCGGUAG